AUGUAUCCUUUAUAUUAUGAAAAGAAAAUAGUGAAGAAACUUAUACAACAUGAUUCUCUAAUUUUACUCACAGAUGGGUUUAGCGAACUAAGCAUUUUAGCAAUAUUUAUUUUUUAUUAUCAAAAUAACUGCUUGUGGUAUGAACAAUAUAUAAAUGAUGAAAAUUUAUUCUUUAAACUAUUUAAUUUGAAUAUCCGUAAAGAAAUUAUUGAUAUUGAAGCCAUUCCAGAGGAUCCUAAAUCCACAGAUAAAAUAAAUAAUGAAAAUGAUAUCAAUGAAAUUAAAAGCAUUACAAACAUUUCACAAAAUAAUAAUGAAAAUGGAGAAAAAGAACCCAGUAAAGACAAUCCCAAACAAGGGGAUGGCAACUUUUAUUAUCAAAAUAUGCAUGAUACCGAUAAGAUAGAAUACCCCACUAUACAAUUUAAUCCUAAUGCAAACAAAAACAAACUUAUAUUUAUAUUGAAUGUUUCCCCAAAAGAAUAUAAUAUGUUUUUAAAAUAUCAACUUUUCUUAUACGAAGGAAUUAGCAAAUUUGAUAUUUCAUUUAAUAAUAGUAUAAAAAUUAAUUACUUAAAAACAGAAUAUAUACGUAAUCAAAAAGCAAAUGAAAGAAUAGAAAUGUACAUAAAACGCGGUGUGUAUUUCAUAUCAUCCAAUAUUUUAUUAAUAGAUCUAUUAACAUACAAAAUAAUUCCUGAAAUUAUUGAUGGUAUAUUUAUAUGUCGAAGCCACAAACUUAUGUAUAGUAUGAAGGAAAAUUUUAUUAUCGAUUUAUAUAGAAAGAGAAAUAAAUUUGGAUUUAUUAAAGGGAUAAAUAAUAAUAAAAAACUAGUAAACAAUCAGCAAAUAUCAAAUAUUUCUAAAAAAUUAUAUAUGAAAAAAAUAUAUUGCUACCCACGAUUUCAUAAAAAUAUUCACAUUUCAUUAAAUAACAAAUUAAUACAACCAAACAUAUAUGAAAUUAAUGUAGAUUUGCCAAUUGUAUUAAAAAAAAUGGAAGACAGCAUAUUAAAUUUGAUUCAUUAUAUAAAUAUAGAAAUUAAAAAAAUACACAAAUUUGAAGAUUUUGAUAUAAAUUUAUUAUUAUAUUCAGACAACCCGGAAAAUUACACUAUGAAUUAUAUUAAGAAUAAAAAUCUUACAUAUAAUACAAAAAAAUUACUUAAAGAAAUUAUUAUAUUAGUUAACUUAUUAUAUAAUCUAUAUAUUUAUGAUGAUAUUAUUUUUUACAAUUAUAUUAAUAAUAUAAAAGAAGCAGACAAAGAAUCCAUAUGGAUGUAUUGUAAUGAAGCAAAUGAAUUAUUCUAUUUAGCAAAUGAAAGAAAAAAUAUUUUUUUAAAUAAAAUUGAUAUAAACAUCGAAUCGAAAACAUUACAUACAUCACCCAACAAAAAUACCAUACACACUAUUAUUAAUAUGCUCCAAUAUAAAAAUAAAUACUUUCAUAAAUCUAAUGAAAUUAAAAGAGAACAAAAUAAAAUAUAUAACUGGAUACACGAUUUAGUAUACAAUAGAGAUAUACCCCUAAGUCAGUAUCAAAAAAUUAUCUUAAAAACUAAAAAAAAAAAAAAUACACAAACAAAUAGUAACGUUGCAAAAAGAAAAAGCAAUAAUUUAUAUGAAAAUUUUUUAUUAAAUAAAAAAAAUAAGCAUCAUAUUAAUAGCGAUACAGAUGCAAGCCAAGAAAAAUUACAACUAAUUCAGAAAAGCCCUAAUUAUUGUAACCCAGUUAGGAUAAAAGUUGAAAAGGAAGACAACUCAUAUAGCCCCUCCAAUAAUAAUCAAAUAAAAAAUAUUAGUCAAAUAAAUGUUAAAAAGGAAAAGGAACAAAAUUAUAUACCUGUUGAAAGCCACUAUGUGAUCGAAGAUUCUCAAAGUAGCGAAGCAGACGAUGAAAAUUGUUUAGAAGAUAAACAAACGAAAAGCCCAAAAGACUCCAAAAUAUAUCAAGAUAUCAGUGAUAAUCCUAGCGAACAUAAUAAAAAUAACAAUAUCAAUAUAUCAUCUAUGUCAAGAACAAAUACCAAUAAUAAUAAAAAUUAUGAAAAACAAAAUAAAAGUUCAAUGAAAAAUAAAGAGAAUAAAACAACUGAAACUAUUGAAAAGGUAAAAUAUCCUAUCGUCAUUAUUACUGAUAAUUAUUAUACACAAAAAGAAAUAUACAAUAUAUUAGCUCACAAAGAAGAACAAAAUAUUAAUAUAAACGAGAUAUUUAUUAAAUCUGAAGAUGAAAUUAAAGAAUAUUACAUAUCAGAUGAUUUAAUAAAUUCGGAAAGUAGCACAAAUAAAUCGUUUGAGAAUAAUAAAGAUAAGUUAUUUUGUGACAAUACAAACUUUCACAUUCCUUAUAAAGCUAUUAAAAAUAAAACUAAUAACCUAAAAUACAUUAAACCAUGUAUUUAUAUUAUAUGCAUAAAUAAAAAUUAUGAAGUUAUGUAUUCCUCUGAAAAUUUUGUUAAUAAAUGCUUUCAAAAAAUAGACAAAAUAAAUAAUGAUACUAAGAAAGGGGAUAUAGAAGAAGAUACACAAAAUCAUUUAGCCAUAUGUGGAUUAGAAAAUAAUGGAAAUAAAUCACCAAAUUUUAAAUCAAAUACCCGAAAAAAUGAAAAUGAUAAUUUAUUCGAAAUAAACGAAUUUUGUGGAAACUUAGACUUUUUGGAAUUAUUUUUGAUGAAAAUAAAGCCAUAUCGAAUUAUUCUCACAAAAUUAGAUUUGCAUAUUUUCAGAAAUAUAGAAAUAUACUGUGCUCGAUUAUUCAAAUAUAACCUUUACAAAUUAAAUAAACACCCAAAUUUUAAAGAACUAGUGAUGUAUGAAAAAAAUAACUUAAUGUACGAUAAUAUUAACCCUGAAAAAAUUGUUAUAAAGAAAGAGAAACAGAUGGGUGGAAAGAGAAAUCAUAUAAAAGAAAAACGAGUAAAUCAGGAUAAUUAUGAUACUCAUAAGGGUAUAGACAAAGGCACCAAAAAUUAUGAACUAAUAAAAAUUAUGAACGACAUGUGUAAUACUAUUGAGGUUUAUAUCUUAUUUUACAAGGAUAAUAUCUUUUACAAUAAAUAUUUAAAUAAUAUCAAAAAUGAAAAAGAAAAUUGGAUAAAUUUUAUCGAACAUAAAAAUACACUUCGCUUCGAAAUAGACCGUAAUGUUUUCAAUAAAAAUAAAGAAAUGUUUAAAAGUGUGAUAGAUUCUUAUUUUUUAUUUCAAAAAAAGCUUAAAGAAAAUAAAAAAAAUAUAAUAAAUUUCAACAAAAACCUAUGCGAACAGUUUAAAAACUUUCAAGAAGUUAAAGCAAAUGAUGCAACAGCUGAUAUCGUUCUUUAUAACAACAAUGAUAAUUUAAAUAAACAAAAUACUAAUUUUAUAAGUAUUGAAGAAGAUGAAUUAUUUUUAGAAAAUUUAAAAAAAAAAAUACAUAAAAAAAAUAAUGAAAUUACUAAUCUUGAUGACAAAAAAUUAUUAAAGAUACAAGAAAUACUAAAAUAUUAUUCAAUAGACUCAUUUAACUUAAAUUUUAUACUAUAUAGCAUAUUUAAUAAUACCAAGCCUAUAGUUAUUGUUGAUAUAAGAGAACUUAAAUCUGAUUUAUCAUAUAAAUUAUAUAAAAGCAAAAUGCAUAUCAUACCAUAUUCAUUACUUGUUGGAGAUUAUAUAUUAACAAAAGAUAUAUGUGUCGAAAGAAAAACCAUUAUUGAUUUAAUACAAUCUUUAAAUAAUAACCGAUUGUAUAACCAAAUUAAUCAAAUGUCAAAAUAUUAUUCUAUAUAUGUUUUAUUAAUAGAAUUUAAUACUAAACACCUUUUUUAUUUUGCAUCAUUAAAUAAUAAACAUUCUAUAUAUACAAAGUUGGUAACAAUUUCUCUUCAAUUCCCUCGACUUAAAAUUUUAUGGAGUCCAUUUUCACUCUUUACCGCUAAACUUUUUUGGUCACUUAAAGUUAAUGCUGAUCAACCUGAUAUAUUCAAAUCCCUUCAUAUUGACAUAACUCUACAAAAAGAUGCACAAAAGGAUUAUGACAUUACAUAUGAGGAGAGUGAGCUUCAGUUAGUUGAUAAAAUAGAAACUCAAGGAAAUAAUACCCAAAAUUUAGAGAUUGAAAAUUCCGAACAACUGGCAUGUCAACCCACGGAUGAGCUACUUAAUAAUGACAAUACUACUACGAAUAUUGAUGCAAACGAUCAUAAAGAAAAACCUCCUUCCGAAGAUACUUACAGAUAUGAAACCAUAAAUGAUUUACUCGAUGAAAAAUUAAAUAACCCAGAAAAACCUAAUCCAAGUUAUACUAUAAAAAAAAUGGAAAAUGUUACCAAUUGGAACGCAAUCGAAAUUUUAAAAGCUCUACCCGGAGUUACUGAAAAAAACAUGCACAAAAUAAUAAACAAUGUCAAGUCAUUAUAUGAUUUGUGUGAAAAAUCAUUAGAUGAACUUGAAAAAUAUAUGAGUAAAAACAAUGCAAAAUUGUUAUAUAACUUUUUAAAUACAGAUGUAUCAUGA